AUGGCAAUAAGAUUGGCACCUAGGAUCUUUGAAACUGUGAAGGGAAAGCUGAGCUUGGGGGCAAGGAUUCUUCAACAAGGAGGCAUGAAGAGAAUUUUUAAGCAACUUUUUGGGGUUACGGAAGGAGAGAAUCUGUUGAAGGCUUCUCAAUGCUAUUUAUCAACAACAACAGGCCCCAUAGCAGGCCUCCUCUUUCUCGCUACUCAGAGGGUUGCCUUUGGCAGUGAGAGAUCCAUCAAAUUCUCUUCUCCAAAUAGUGAAUUGGUUUCAAUCCCACUGAGAAAGAUAAAGAGAGUAGACCAAAGUGAGAAUAUGAAAAAUCCAUCUCAGAAGUACAUGGGAGUAGUCACUGCUGAUGAUUUUGAGUUCUGGUUUAUGGGGUUCUUGAAUUAUCAGAAAGCUUUCAACUGUCUCCAAAAGGCAUUAAUGUCUCAAUCUUGA